AACAUCUAAUUAUAGACGUUACAGUAAAAUAUGUCACUCCUACAAUCCUCUACUCCUAGUAUAAAAAAACCAACACUUUCUUGUUUCUUCCAUCCAAUUACACUCCUAUCGAAUCCAACCCCAAUUUCCUCACCACUCAUUUCACCAUUUCACCAUUAUUUUCACCUCUUUCUUCUUCAUCUUCAUAAUCUAAAAAAAAAGCUUCAAUCUUUCUCUCUCUUCCCCAUCAAUGGCGGUAGUAGAGAGAGAAAGAGAUAACUGUAAUUCUCGCCAUUUCUCUCUCCUCAUCAAAUCUUGUUGUCCAAACCCAAACAAUCCCUCUAAUUCCAUCAUUCCAUUUCCUCCAAAUAACAACAAUAACAAUAAUAAUAAAACUCCCAAGAAAUUAACUUCUUUAAAAACAUGUAUUUCUUCUCUUCCAGAUGAUAUUCUUUAUGAAAUUCUUUCGAGGGUCCCACUUUCUUCACUACCUUCAAUCUCAGCUGUCUGUCGGCGGUGGGCCCACCUUCUACAUUCCCACACUUUCUCUCUCCUCCGACGUCACCACCGUCUUGUUCAUUCGACUGUUUUUGCUUUUUCUCUCUCCUCCAUUUCUACGUUGCGUGUGUUAAACGACGAGUUUUGGAAAGUUCCCGCGCAAAACGACGUCGUUUUAGGGGGGCUUCGUUUUCAUACGGAUUUGUCCCACGCGCGUCUUGCUGCGAUUGGGAGGAAGGUUUUUAUUAUUUCCCGGUCUAGUGCGUUGGUUUUUGAUCCGUGGACCGGGUUGGCUAAAACCCGGUCUGGACCGUUGUUUCCGAGGAAACGGUUUGCUGCGGCUGCUGUUUGUGGGAGGAUUUACGUGGCAGGGGGUUCGUUGCGCGCUUCGGCUGUAGAAGAGUAUGAUCCCCACGCGGAUGAGUGGCGCGUGGUGAGUAACGCGCCGAGGAGGAGGUACGGCUGUGUCGGUGUUGGGGUGGAUGGGGUGUUUUACGUCAUCGGAGGAUUGAUGAUUGGUGGCGCGUCGGAGCUACGCGCGGCUGAGGCGCGUGUAUGUGCUAGCUCAAUGGAUUUGUAUGAUGUGGUGGGUCGUGGGUGGUUGAGGAGUCGGGCGGUCCCGGGAGGUGGGUGUGUCGUGGCGGCUUGCGGGGCCGAUGGGUGCGUGUACGUGCUUGCUAGCCACGCGGUGGAGUUGUCGUUUUGGCGGUUUAAUGGGAGGAGGAAAGGCGAGAGUGGCGGCGGUUUCGGGGAAUGGUGUAGGAUGAGGAGUCCGCCGCUACCGGCACAAGUUAAAGUCGACGGAACGGUGAGGUUUAGUUGUGUAGGGGUGGAGGACAAGGUGGUGUUGAUCCAAGUAAUGGGGUGUAUUGAUGAUUUGUUAAGGAGGAGUGGGAGGAAUGUAAGAGGGUACAAAGAAGGACUUGUUUUGAUCUUUGAUUGUGGGACUGAGGAGUGGAGUAGAGGGCCUGAUUUGCCUGAAGUGGUACAAAGGGCAGCUUGUGUUUGUGUUGAAUGUUAAUAAAAUCUAAAAUUCAAUUUUUAUGUAAAAUUUUGUAAUUUAAGUGUGUUUAUUGCUAAAGUAAUUCAUGAUCAUUCUUGGUAAUUGUAUUGCUUUUUGAUUUAUAUGGGAUUUGGAAGUGUAUUAGAUUAAGUGAGAUAAUGCUUUGUUCUAUUGGUCUAUAUGAUAAUGACUUAUGAGGUAUUAAUUUUUUUAAAAGAAAUAUUAUAUAUGUUAAAUCUUCUACUUUAGGUAUCUUUUAAUUUUCGAUA